UCUUACCUACAAAACAGGAUCAAAACAGAGAGCUGUCAUUGUUGGCUGCAAAGCACGUCUCAAAAUGCUUCGGUUGUUUGCCUUAUGCGCAGUUCUUGUGUCAGUGAACAGUCAAGAUGUUGGGAUUAAUUCUGGACGUACUCAAAAACAAACCCUUCGUCCCAGUCAGGGCAAAUCAUGCAACAUAAACAACUACAACAGUUUCUACGCUGGACCAAACAAGAAAGUUGAAAACCUUCUUGUUGACGUAAAGAGGCAGUUAGAAGAAUUACAGAAGCAGGUGGCUCUUCUGACGAAAGACAACAAGACUAAUUUAGAUGGAAAGCCCCGAAGCUGUGUGGAGAUUUUUAAAUCUGGACAAAAAAUCAGCGGUGUCUAUACAGUUGACCCUGAUGGUGCAGGUGCCUUUGAAGUGUACUGUGACCAAACAACAGCUGGUGGUGGAUGGACUGUGUUCCAGAAGAGACAGGAUGGCUCGGUUGAUUUCUACCGCGACUGGGCUGACUAUAAGAAUGGCUUUGGUAACCUGAAUGGGGAGUUUUGGCUUGGACUGGACAAGAUUAACCGAAUCACAAAUAGUGAGAGAUAUAGGCUUCGAGUGGACAUGGAGGACACUGAAGGAAAAACAGCUUACGCCGAAUACGACAUGUUUUCAGUCACAAGCGAGAAGACGAAGUACCAGCUGAGCAUCGGGACUUAUUCAGGAGAUGCUGGAGAUUCUUUGAGUGGCCACCGUGAUGCAGCAUUUUCCACCAGAGAUCAAGAUAAUGAUAAUAAUGGAGGCAUCAGCUGUGCUGUGUCUUACAAAGGUGCCUGGUGGUACACAGGCUGCCACUCAUCCAACCUAAAUGGGUUUUAUUAUCAUGGCAAGCACUCAUCUUAUGCUGACGGUGUCAACUGGCAAGCUUGGAAGGGUUAUAAGUAUUCCUUGAAACGCGCUGAAAUGAAAAUAAGACCGAGUAGUUUAUAGUGGAAACUGCUGCUGUGAUUUUGAUAAGUUGUUUGUAACGUGAUCAUAAAUGGAUAUCUGAACGGUUUUUUACAAUAAAAUUGCUAUCAAAUAAGAUUAGAGCUAUUUCAAUAGAGAGUCGAAAGCAAUAUGAAGUUUGCAUUGGUUUUGCUUUACUUUGCUCUUCUCAUUGACUUUUAAGGAUGUUUUCUUACGCUAGUCGCUAUCUAUUGUAUGUGUGGUUGUGAGAAAAAUAAUAAAACCUGAACCUGUCCAGUUAAUUUUUCAA